AUGUGUCAGAUUGCCCUCAUCAUCUUCCGCUCUACAUUUGGAGAACAACGUGAGCUUGGCGCAGACGGCCAGUCAGGAGACGAAGACAAGACCCGGGUCAUGAGAGAUCUCACAAUUUCCCAGUUGCUUCCAUCAGUUUUAGUGUGGAUCAAAGAAGCGGGCCACAAUAUCAUUCAGCUGUCAGAUGUGUCAUGGAAUGACUGUCCGAACCCUGUCAGCCAUGGUGGUACCUUUCUUGGCCAGUCAAGCCUUGGCAAACGGUGUCCCAAUGGAUUUCCACCAUGGCGGUGGAUGUACUGGCUGAAGCUUCUGCAUGAGAUCAGGGAUGAGGCGAACAAAAGUAGCGAGAUCCAUCUCGAGGUGUAUGCUGCUGAGGCGAUUGAUGCAAUAGUUUCUAAUGUGGAGGAACGGAACUCGGAGAUCCUCAGGGCUUAUCAAAAUGGUGGUGAAGAUUUACACCAGGAUCAACAUCUGUCUUGCUUGAAUGGUUUGGCCAGGGGUUAG